CAUUCAAGUAAGGCUACACCCACUCAAAAAUGGAUUGGGGACAAGAUGGUGGCUACGAUUGUGAGCUUAUAGAAGACCCUCCUGAUGAAUUAACCUGCCCAAUAUGUCUCCUACCUCCUAAGAGCCCACAUCUCAUCACAUGCUGUGGUAGAAAGCUCUGUCAUUCCUGUAUAUACAGAGUACAACAAGCAGGAGGUCCAUGCCCUUGUUGUAAAGGAGAAGAAUAUUACACUGUGUUAGAUAAAAUGGUGGAGAGGCAAGUGCUAGGCCUAAAGGUGUAUUGUAAGUAUAAAAGUAAAGGAUGUCCUUGGACUGGUGAACUGCGUGAUCUUGAGGGUCAUUUAAAGUUGUGUUUUGAGACUGCUUUAAACAGAAACAAAGAGCUUUUAUCAGCGAUACAAAAGAUGCAAGGGCUACUAAGCAACAAGAUCGACAAAGAGAAGGAAAUGGAGAGAGCUAUCAAGACUCUUAAAGAUGAGAAUGAACAACUAAAAGAACAACUACACCAGCUAAACAAACAAUCAAGUCAACUGCCAAAACACACAACAACAAGUAAAGCUCAGGAGAGUAAGGCCAAUGAAUUAGAAAAGGAGCUGGAAGAAUUGAAAUUCAAGCUACAUGUAGAUAAGAGAAUAGCCGAUAAAAACGAAACGAUUGAUAGACUAAGAGAUGAAAUAGACUCCUUGAACAAGAAGAUAUCGUCUAUGGAAACAGAAUUAAAAGAAAAUCAAGACAGGCUAUCAAAUGAUAAGGAAGCAAUGAAAAGAACUAUUGAAAUGCUUACCGAAGAGAAUAGGAAACUAAAGCGUCAAUCAACUCAAUCACCACACCAAUACACAACCACAGCUCCAGACACAGCACUGGAAGAAUUACAAUGCAAACAUGACAGGAGAAUCGCCGAAAAAAACGAAAUCAUCGAUAGUCUAAACGAGGAAAUAAAACGUCAGAAAGAGAAAAUAUACCCUUUAAAAAGAGAGAUAAGCGAGCUUGAAGAUAAGGUAAUGAAAUUAACACAAGAUGCAAGAGCAAUGACAAGAAAUAUCGAAACACUCAAUGAAGAGAACAAAAAACUGGAAUCUGAACUAAAGCAAAAAGCAACUCAAUCAACAACUACAGAAUCAACUCCAUCAGAUACAUAUGCAUAUACAUACAGUCCAAGUUCUCCUGAUGACAACACAGAGAUCCCUUCCGCCUCCAAUUAUGAAGAGACUCGUCAAUGCCCAAUGUGCAAUAAGACCUUUCCUCCUGCCACGUCACAAAGAAACUUUGAGCUACAUGUUGACACUCACUUAUACUAGCUCUUCAUUUAUACAGUACCAAUGGACCAGACUCACAUGUACAUUGUGUAUAUGUACAUGUA